AUGGUGAAGGGAACCGUUGAUGAGAGAGAAAACAAGUUGAUAUUUCUGGACCCAAUCAUCAUACUCUGGGUUGGGGAGGAGAGACAGAAAAGCAGAUUCAUCGGCCUUAGCAUUUGGGUUAGGAAUGGUCGGAGGACACAGAGAAGUGCCGUCAACAAAGCUGAGCAAGCGACGGCUGUGAAGGAUAGGAACAAUUUGAGAAGCCACGUCGGAUAA